AUGACGAAUUCGGUACCGAAAUUGAACAACAAAGUAGGCCGGCAGGGCUCGCCGAACGUCGGCGUCGAACGUCACCACCAUCGUUCAAGUGCAAUCAAAUCGUCAACAUUCUUCAGCAACUGCAACAACAACGCAAACACCAAUGGUAGAUCAUCCCAUGGUAGAAGUUCGACCGGCGGCAGAUCGAGCUGCAGUCCGCAAGGUUCGUCGAAGGGAUCGAGGAACUCGCCGCUGCGGUACGAGUACAGUCCGCGCGGCAGCCCGACCAACAGUUUUUACGCGGGUGCCAAGUUUUCCGAGCCGCCGUCUCCGGCGAGCCUUCCCAAACCACCGAGCCAUUGGACCGCGAGACUGAUGAUCGGUUGCCAGCAAUCCAACAGAAGUUGCGAUAUAUCAAAUCUCAAGAUGAUACUAAACGUCCAAGCCUGA